AUGAAGCUGCUAGACUCGGCGUCUUUGCAAUUGAGGGAAUUUGCAGACAAUGCGGUCCCCCCCUACGCCAUCCUAUCUCAUACUUGGGGCUCGCAUGAGGUCUCGCACGAUGAAAUGAUCCAACCGAAUGCCAUCACCAAAGAGAAAUUCGGAUAUAUCAAGAUUGGCCGCUUUGCCUCCAAGGCUCGAGAGGGUGGCUGGAAUUGGAUCUGGGUUGACACGUGUUGCAUUCGAAAGGAGAGCUCUGCAGAGCUCUCAGAAGCCAUUAACUCCAUGUACAGAUGGUACAAAGACGCAGGCGUUUGCUUCAUAUAUCUGGAUGAUUUGACCAAUGGGUCCUGGGAAAAUGAGCGCGAACAGUUCUCGGCCGUGCAAUCAUGCCGUUGGUUAACCCGAGGUUGGACAUUGCAGGAGUUGAUUGCCCCUGCCAACUGUCGAUUCUAUGCAAGUGAUUGGACCUUCUUGUUCACCAAAUCCGACUGGGUUUACCAGUUGUCGAUGAUGCUCGGUGUUGCGCAGCAGGUUCUCGUCACUUGCGAUCCCACCACGGCGAGUGUGGCGCAACGGAUGAGUUGGGCAGCAGGCAGGGAGACUACGAGGUCUGAAGACAUGGCAUAUUGUCUGCUCGGGAUUUUUGAUGUCAAUAUGCCAAUGCUCUAUGGUGAAGGCGGUGAGAAAGCCUUCAUUCGUUUACAGGAAGAGAUCAUGAAAGCCUCGGACGAUCACUCGCUUUUCGCAUGGAGGGCAUUGGUCCCUUCUGACACGUCUUAUCAUGGUCUUCUGGCACCUAGUCCAGCCUAUUUCAAGCUAUCGCGCAACAUGGCGUCUGUCGAUAACCUACAGGACAGCCAACCUUUCACCAACACUAACAAAGGGAUAUCCAUCAAGAUGAGCUUGUUGCAGUACCCGAACUCAGAAGAAGACGACACGUUCAUUGCCCUCCUCAAUUGUCGAGACCCAGGGCCAGAAGGAGAACCCGUUGGCAUCUACAUCAAACGGCUGUGGCAUAACCAAUAUGCUCGUAUCAUGGCACACAAGAUUUGGAAUGCGCUGGAGUUUCAGCCCGAACAGCUGCAAGUGAAAGAUACACGCCGACACGACGAAAAGGUAGAUCAGUAUAUAGAAACCCCGCGUGGGUCAACCUGGCCCCCACCGUCUUCCAACUACCCAAUUUACAGUAUUACUAGCGAAACUGGGCACUAUGGGGUAUUCGGAACGCAGGAGAAUCAUUACCACAGUAGCGGUUAUGUUCCUAUGAACACGUCGUUGGGCCGCGAGCCCACCUCCCGUACGCGUGCGAAGUUCUCCAUCCGCAAAGCCUUGGGCAUUGAAGAUCCGGAAGAUCCGGUUGUCGCAAAGCCCAGGCAGGACCACGGAACUAUUGGUGCCUAUCUGGGAUACGAUCCAAACCAAGUCGAGGAUCCAGGAUCCAUUACACCAACCGAUCUUUAUGUCCGCCAGUCCAUCCGACUUCCUCCCGGGCACUCCACUCCUCGUGUGUUUGGGUUUGUCGUCACUGAGUUCAUCCAGGUACCCGGAAUAGUUCUGGAGGACGUGUGGCCUAAUGAUUCAUGGCAUUCAGAGCUGAAGGUCAUUCGCAUCAUGCCGACUGAGUGGAGUAAAAUGGCGGUCAUGUCUUACAGGUUGCGGGAUGACGACAAGUUUGGGGUCUUGGCCGUAUUGUUGCGCUGGAACCGCAAGAUGAAAACGUUCGAUGCGAACUGUGUCCAAGACGCAUCAUGGCUGUACGGAAUGCACUCUGCAGAGCGAAUAAAUGGACUGGAGGGGCUCUGGGGAAGUGCCAAAGUGGAGAGUCCAGUUGAGAUAGGUGUUGACCGAUACAAGGCAAAGGUUGAGCUGGAGCUCGGAAUGCUCGAUCAGGAGGUCGUGAUCAAGGUAGCAAUCACAGUUCGGUAG